UCAGAACCCAGCAGGGGUGUGUCGCAGGCACCCACAGCCCAGGCGUGAGCGCCGGGCAGGUGGACUCUCGGGAUAGAUCAGCAACGGCCUGGCAGCUGCAGGCCUGUCCCACCGGACCCUGCCCUCCACACAUGGCCCCCGGGCCCCUCGAUCCCUAGCCCUGUGACCUUCCAGGGGUACAGGCAACCUGAGCGCCACCACCCCAGGGUCUGUGCCAUGCCCCUGACCCGGGCACAGCCGGCUGCUGGCACAGAGGACACGGGAGCGGUGGCCCCGGCUGUGGACCUGGUGCUGGGUGCCUCGGCCUGUUGCCUGGCCUGCGUCUUCACCAACCCCCUGGAGGUGGUGAAGACUCGGCUGCAGCUGCAGGGAGAACUGCAGGCCCCGGGCACCUACCCUCAGCACUACCGGGGCUUUGUGGCCUCCAUAGCCGCCGUGGCCAGAGCAGAUGGGCUGAGUGGCCUGCAGAAGGGGCUGGCCGCCAGCCUGCUCUACCAGGGCCUCAUGAACAGCGUCCGCUUCUAUUGCUACAGCCUGGCCUGCCAGGCUGGCCUUACCCAGCAGCCAGGUGGCACCGUGGUCGCAGGUGCGGUGGCUGGGGCACUGGGAGCCUUCGUGGGGAGCCCUGCUUACCUGGUCAAAACGCAGCUGCAGGCCCAGACGGUGGCCGAGAUGGCUGUGGGGCACCAGCACCACCACCAGAGCGUCCUGGGCGCCAUGGAGACCAUCUGGCGGCAGCAGGGCCUGGCAGGUCUGUGGCGGGGUGUGGGUGGGGCUGUGCCCCGAGUCAUGGUUGGCUCAGCUGCCCAGCUGGCCACCUUCGCCUCUGCCAAGGCCUGGGUGCAGGAGCGACAGUGGCUCCCGGAGGACAGCUGGCUGGUGGCCCUGGCCGGAGGCAUGAUCAGCAGUGUGGCGGUGGUGGCGGUCAUGACCCCCUUCGACGUGGUCAGCACUCGGCUGUACAAUCAGCCUGUGGAUGGAGCUGGCAGGGGCCAGCUGUACCGGGGCCUGGCUGACUGCCUGGUGAAGAUUUGGCGGCAGGAGGGACCCCCGGCGCUCUAUAAGGGUCUGGGCCCCGCCUACCUGCGCCUGGGCCCCCACACCAUCCUCAGCAUGCUCUUCUGGGAUGAGCUCCGGAAACUGGCCCGAUAGGGCGGGGCCAGGGCACCUAGGGUGUCCCUCACCCCACAGCCUGACACAGCCCGUCACCCCGCUCCAGCUGGGAAUGGCCAUCUCUCACCAGUCACAGGCCCAGGCUCUGCCCCGGGUCUGGGGAGAGUGUGGACAGCUGGUCAACCCACCAGCCCCGUGACCCACCAGCCUGCUGGGAAUCACCACCUCUGUUCUCCGGAAAGUCCUCUUCCCUUCCUUCUCUGCUUGGGGUUGCCUUGUCCCAGGGCCUUACUCAUCGUUAUAAUGACGGCCCCGCGCCCAGCCAUGAGCUGGGUCGCUUACCUGCAUCAGCUGCUUCAACCAGAAACAACGGUGGGAGGUGACAAACCCUCUCACCAAGGAGCCAGCCGAGGCUCAGAAGGGUGAAGAGCUUUGAUCAAAGCCACACAGCGCUGAGAUGGCAGAGCCAGGACUGGAGCAACCCUGCCCAGCCCAGAACUGUGCCCUUGGCAAGGACCAGGACGCGGGGCGGAGUGUCCCCAAGGGAUCACUGCACACAGGAGACCCUGGGUGCCCCGGAGGCAUGUCCUCUCCCGUGGUGGUCCGCCAGGGCUGCCGGAACAAAGUGCCUCAGACCAGGCGACUAUAACCAUCGACGGUGAUUUCUCCCAGCUCUGGAAGCCAGAAGUCCAAGAUCAAGGGGUCAGCAGGGUUGGUUUCUUCUCAGGCCUCGCUCCUUGGCUUGAGAUGGCUGACUUCUCUGUGUCCUUCCUUCUGUGCGUGUCUGUGCCCCAAUCUCAUAAGGACCAGUCAUUUGGGACUAGGGCCACCAUGUUAACGUAAUCACCUCUGUAAAGACCCUUCUCCAACUACAGCCACCCUCUGAGGUCCUGGGGUAGGAUUUCGUUAUAAUGAAUUGGGGUGCGGGGGGGACACAGUUCAGCCUGUCGCGUCAACGAUGGCUCUACUGAGGCCCUCCCGUGCCCAGCACUGCGGGCAUUUGCACAGAUCCGCAUGGCGACCCUGGAAAGGAGCCCUCGGGAAGCCUGUGGUUCAGAUGAGGAGACUGAGGCCAGGCUGGGGGAGUGGCUGGCCCAAGUGGAGUAGCAGAGCCAGGCAUCCUCCUCCGACGCUUUUCCCAAACUGCAGCCACACUCCCUGCGUGGGUGUCCCUCAGGCCGCGCUGACCUCUGUGCCACGGAGGUGGACGCCCAGGCCCCUGAAAGGGGAGGCCUGGCCCGGGCCCAGCAGCCUGAACUGCCUUCCCUGCCAACACCCGCGUCUUGGAAAAGCUGCUCCCGGGGGCACGCCUACCAACACUCCAAACCAAUAAAGUUUUCUAUUUUCUUUACUCCAA